AUAGCAAUUAAAAUGCUGGGACAAAACAAAAUAAGAUUUAAAAUGGAUUAAAGAGCAAAAGUACAAAUAUUUGAUGAUUAUGAUCAAGAAAAAUAAGAAUAGCUGUGAAAUAUGUGUGUAGAUAAGCCGUACUUGUGGACAUUGACAAAGCCAAAGGGUGCAAAGUACACUGAAAAUAAACAAGGCGAUUAGUCACCAGCAGCAUCCCUUUGACAUUAGUUGAGACCAAACAAAAAUCUGUUAAAACCAAAACACUACUCGGAUUGUUAUACGUAUCUUUGACGGCGUCAUGGACGAUCACACGGACAUAGAAUUUCUGGAGGCAUAUGCCAGCAUUAAGGAGUCAAACAUGCAAAUCAUGAAGCAGGUGGACCUGGGUAUUAAUUAUGAAGUAGAGGAAUCAAUUGAGAAGGCUAUUGGUGCCUAUGAAUUAGCGCUCGAAAUGAUAGAGGCCUGCUUUAGCAUAGCGGUGGGUCUGCCAAACGAAAUUGAUGCAGUGCAGCAGCAAUGGAAUGAUGCCUGUGCCCUAAUCCAAAGGCUAAAAAGCACCAGGACCGAGAUAAGCUAUCGCCUAAAAGUGCUGCGUGCUAAGCAUUCGCCCGUCGACAAUAGCGCUGUAGAGGCACAAGAGGAGCAAACGGAUGGACAGCGCAUGUCACGGCAGUCGUUGCUGGCCGAGAAUCCCUCAACAUUCUAUGAUAUUAACAAUGCCAGUGGCAGUCCAAAGACCUAUAAGCAAAUGGCCGAUGGUCUGCGCGAGUUAUUGGCCAGUCAUGAGGCGGCGCCGCUUUUACAGCUGGAUGACAUGUUCCAGGCGCAGGUCAAGCUGUAUAGAAUCGAGAACAACGGUCAGGUUACCACUGUUACGGGCAGCACAAAAAUGUCGCUGAUUAUGUGCACUGUUUCUGGCAAAUGGAACUAUUUGAAUGGUUGCUGCUUUAUACAAUGCGAUAUGGAACAGCAGCAGCAGCAAUUGCAUGGACAAGACCUUGGGACAUCCAUUUGGCUUUAUCCUUUGAUACCAAAUGUAACCCAGUGCUAUUGCACUGACUACGGCGCGUUUAUAUUGCCAGACAUGGAAGCCGAUCAGCCGGGCAAUGCGUUUGGUCUAAUGCUGGUUAAAUCGCAGCGUCCGCUCAGCACAACUGCAGGCGAAACCGAGGAAGAGCAAAUGGCUGAUUUGCAGCAAUUCUUUCUUGAUCUGCUUGAAGCUGUGCUGGCGGGCACUGUGGAACAGCUGCCAUCGCCCACACGUCCACAACGUGCUGUGGUGUCGUCCAGAUCAGAAGAGGUAUCAAAGCACAUUGUGGGCGCGGCGGGCUUUAUAGCACGAAAUCUGAUCAAAGGCGCCGAGAAAACCGGUGGAUUUAUGAUGAAAUCUACGCCAUAUUUGAUAUCAAAAAUGCAACCGGCCUCGGAAGGGGCAACGUCUCAAGUGCCCAGCUCAGUGCAGACGAGCGUUGAGGUAGCACAAAAAGUGACACAUGCAGCUGCUGGCAUGACAAGCUGGUUUGCAGGCAAAGUCGGCUCUGCUGCUAUGGCAGCUGGAAGCUACUUGGCGCCACACGUGCAUACCCAAGGCUCGCGUCUGCUACAAAAGGGCUUUGGCUAUGACAGCACUCAGGCGAACAGUGCCAUGGAGGGAGCUAUGACCAUUGCUGCAGGUACAGUAGAGGGCAUCUCCACGGUAUUUGAUAGUCUGGAGACAUCGGCCAAAAUACUGGGAAACAGUUUAAGCGAGAAUUCUGUCAAAAUUAUUGAACAUAAAUAUGGUGCAUCAGCUGGUCAGUUGGCUAGUGGCACAUUUGAUACAGUGGGUAAUGCAUUCGUUAUUAGCCAGAACGUUAACUAUAUUACACCAAAGGGCUUGGCUAAAAAGCUUGUGAAGAAGACAGGGGAAGCUGUUGUGGUUGAAUCUAGACGUGAUGCGUCCAAACCCGAAUCUCAUUAUAUUAAGGCAGGCUCCUUGUAUCCAGACUUGCGUGCUUUAAAGGAAUAAUUAUGAAUUUUAUCGUUUUAAAGUCUCCAAAUGAUAACUCAUUGAUAUUAUUUAUAUAGGAUUUUUGCCAUUUCGCAUGAUGUGAGCUGUCUUAUUAGCAAAUUGUAAAAACUAACCAAAUAUUUUCAAUAUAUUUAUAUGUUAUUCA